AUGAGUUCUGCUAUUGGCAUACCUAUUCUAGGGAUUUGGACUAUUGGAUUUCCUGCUUUUGUUUUUACAAGGCUAUUGAAACUAAGAGGCAAAUUAAAUGAGCAGAUAAAUCUUAAAUUAUAUGGAUUAUUUUAUGUAGGACUGAAUGAUUCUACAUUCUACUGGGAGAUAAUUCUAGUUAACUUAAGGAAAUUUAUUAUAAUUGCAACAGGGACAUUCGUUACCAAGGAAAAGCAGUAGAUGAAAAUUCUUGUUUUGUUUGGUGGACUUUUCUUUGUAGAUAGUGAAGUAUAGAAAAAUGAUUCGUUACUUACAGGUCUUUUCUUUAUGAUUCUACUUUAUAACGCAUACUUUUUACUGAACUGGGUGGUUAGAUUUAUGCUUAUCUUAUUGAGAAUACAUGCUCAGAAAUUCAAGAGAUUCUAAUCCCUUGGUAAGUAUAUUGAAAAGAUAGUUACUUAUGAGCAAGACCUCUAAAUAUACAUGGGUAAAAUAGAAGAAGAAAAGAAGAAAAAAGUGGUCUAAAAUGAGUUAGCAUAAAAUACUUAGAUAUAGUCUGAAUCUGGAGUUCAUUAUGCAGCCCAUAAAUUGGAGCAUAUAGCAGAUUAAGUUCAUAAUGUAUACUUGGAUGAAAUAGAAUAGAAAAGCUAAACAUAUCACUAAUCUAAAGGCUAUGAAACAUAUUAAAAAGAUAAAACUUAGAGCUCAAAAGAGAAUAAAGGAAUCUAAUGGAGAGAGUGGCUCUUCAAUAUUUACCAAUAAAAAAUAUAAAAAGAAAAAUUAAUCUCCCUCCUUAGCUAAUGA